CCAGCUGAGCCUUGUAGAGCCCACUCCUUCUUGUCCGGGGCUCGCUCCUUCUCCCGGCGUCCGUCGACCCCGCUUCCAUGUCACCGGUGGACGCAGCACCCCGAAACCUUCACGCCCAUGGCCGCUAGCCUGAGGAGGCCCUCUUUCACCGCCUGUUCUUCCCCUACCGACACGGACGACGAGGGCGUGCGCGGCACUUGCGAAGAUGCUUCUAUAUGCAAGAGGUUUGCAGUGAGCGUUGGCUACUGGCAGGACCCUUACAUCCAGCAUUUGGUGAGACUAUCUAAAGAGAGGAAGGCCCCGGAAAUUAACAGAGGAUAUUUUGCUCGAGUCCAUGGCGUCAGCCAGCUUAUAAAGGCAUUUCUACGGAAGACAGAAUGUAAUUGUCAAAUUCUAAACCUCGGGGCUGGGAUGGAUACCACCUUCUGGAGGUUAAAGGAUGAAGAUCUUCUACCAAGUAAAUAUUUUGAAAUCGACUUUCCAAUGAUAGUCACGAGAAAGCUGCACAGCAUCAAAUUGAAACCUCUCCUAUCAAAACCCAUUUUAGACUUACAUUCAGAGGACACACUUCAAAUGGAUGGGCACAUGUUGGAUUCAACAAGAUAUGCCAUCAUUGGAGCAGAUCUCCGAGAUAUACCUGAACUGGAAGAGAAACUAAAGAAAUGUAACAUGAAUACACAAUUGCCAACCCUCCUGAUAGCUGAGUGUGUGCUGGUUUACAUGACUCCGGAGCAGUCUACAAACCUUCUGAAGUGGGCAGCCAAGAGUUUUGAGACUGCCAUGUUCAUAAACUACGAACAGGUGAACAUGGAUGACCGGUUUGGGCAGAUCAUGAUUGAGAACCUGCGGAGACGACAGUGUGACCUGGCGGGAGUGGAGACCUGCAAGUCAUUAGAGUCUCAGAAAGAACGGCUCCUGUCCAGUGGGUGGGAAUCGGCAUCAGCCAUCGACAUGAUGGAAUUGUACAGCAAAUUACCUCGUGCGGAAGUGAGCAGAAUAGAGUCCCUUGAAUUCCUGGAUGAAAUGGAGCUUCUUGAACAACUCAUGCAGCAUUACUGCCUUUGCUGGGCCACCAAAGGAGGAAGUGAACUGGGCUUGAAGGAAAUAACUUACUGAUCUGUUCAAGACUCGUGCUGAGCCAGAGCUGAAGCCAUUGACCUUUCCGGAGUUGAGUCUCUGAGUUUCCUGAGUGGUGGUUAGGCCUUGGCUACCAGUCUCCCCGCUCGCCUAGAGACCUGAGUGACCGAGGUGCUUGUACCAGUUCCUGUUCCUCUCGGCUUUUACCGUUUAAAUAAAUCUCAGUUGCCAUU